CUUGCAUAUAAAAUAUACAAUUUCUCAAUUCCUAUCAGAUUUUGUUAUUGAUAUUCUAUGCCAAAGCGUUGACAUCUGAAGAAAAAUUCACAUCAGUCAUCACGUUUAUUUUCUUGGUUAAAUUAGCAAUAUUACAUCUUUCUUUGAAUUAAGGUAAUAUCACUGUAUGUGUGCUUCAUUUUGAAUAUUUUAUUUGCUAUGUAUAAUGAGUGAUGGUCCCACUGAACAUAUUAAGACAUUUGUAUUUUCUUCUAAAUAUAAUACACAAGGCAACCCUCAGGAAGAAAAAUUAGAAGUCUUCAUACCUGAGCGAUUACAAGCAACAUAUUCUUUCUACACUUGGCCAAGUGCGUCAGUCCUAGCUUGGUUCUUGUGGGAAAACAGGAGAGAUCUUAUUGGAAAAAAAGUUCUCGAAAUUGGCGCUGGAACUGCACUUCCAGGAAUUGUUGCUGCUAAGUGUGGAGCUGAAGUAAUUGUUAGCGAAUCUGCUUUAUUACCUAAAUCUCUUCAGCAUACUAGAAGGUGCUGUCAAUUAAACCAACUGGGUUCUAAUCAAAUAAAAGUUGUUGGCCUUACUUGGGGUCUUCUACUGGAUAAUUUAGAGAAUUUCAAACCCCUUGAUAUUAUAUUAGGCUCUGACUGCUUUUAUGAUCCUGCAGUGUUUGAAGAUAUUCUGGUGACAUUGUCUUAUUUAUUUGAGAUAAACCCACAUGCCAAAUUCAUUUGUACUUAUCAGGAGAGAAGUUCUGAUUGGUCUAUUGAACAUUUACUAGCUAAGUGGAAAUUGAAUUGUCAAAUACAUAGUACAAGUACAUUGGGCCAAAGUGCAGGAAUAAAUAUUUUAGAUCUUAUUGGCCCCCAUAAUAUACUUAUAUUAGAAAUUAUAAGUGCUAACUGAGAAUGGCAAGUAAUGUAGGUAGACAAUUAUACAAGAUAUAUGUUGGUAAUAUUCCUUGGACAGUAGCAACAUCUGAUCUGAAGAAGCACUUUACCCAAUUUGGUAAUCUCCAAAGUGCAUUUGUAGUUUUUGAU